UCCGCCAACCGCUGACAACCGAGUAGGACAGGACACUGUCUCUCUCUCUCUCUCUUACUCACGGUGUAGGGAAUAAAACCGAUACCGUUCCAGAAUACUAAUUCUAGGAAAUAUCAGUCGCCAUUCAUCACCAGCUGUACAGAGAACAGCCUUGCACAAGAGCAUCUUUGCUUUGGUGAAGGAAAGGACACAGACAGAGGACACCGCGCGCGACAUCCUGAAAAGGGAGCUUUAUAUUUUUUUUGGCCAUUUCGGGUUGCAUUUCCUCAUUCUACCACAUUCAGGACGUUUCGGAUCAUAAUUCUUAGAAUUUGUUUUAUUUUUUAAUUUCUAGUGAGAUCCGGAAAAUCCGGUAGCCUACGUCACCGACGUAACCUCUCGCGUUACGUAACACCGAGGAGCGCAACCGUGCGCCAAAUCCCUCAUGUCAAGACGCACACCUAUGUGUUCAUUAUAGGAUCUGAAGAAGAGCCGCAUAUCUAUUCUUGUUAUUUGUGCACCAUUAUUUAGGCUGCUUGCUUUGGAUCCAGGUUCUAUUUGUCGGCCACCAGCCUAUGUUCUUGCUCCGUCGGUUCAUUCCUUAGUGCGAAACGGAUUGGUGAGGAAAAAAAAACAUGUCGGGCCAGACGCUGACGGAUCGCAUCGCCGCCGCGCAGUACCAGCUCACCGGCUCGGACGUGGCUCGGGCUGUGUGUAAAGCUACCACACACGAGGUGAUGGCGCCUAAGAAGAAGCACCUGGACUAUCUGAUCUCCGCCACCAAUGAGACCAACGUGAACAUCCCACAGAUGGCUGACACUUUGUUCGAGAGGGCCAUGAAUGCCAGCUGGGUGGUUGUCUUCAAAGCACUCGUCACCACACACCACAUGUGUAUCCAUGGCAACGAGAGGUUUAUCCAGUACCUGGCCUCCAGGAAUUCACUGUUCAACCUCAGCAAUUUUAUCGACAAAACCGGUACUCAUGGCUACGACAUGUCUACAUUUAUCAGACGAUAUGCGCGGUACCUCAACGAGAAAGCGUACUCUUACCGUGCAAUGGCCUUCGAUUUCACUCGAGUCAAGAAAGGUGCUGAAGGAGUGAUGAGGACUAUGGCUCCUGAGAAACUGCUUAAAGCUAUGCCAGCUUUGCAGACUCAAGUGGACACCCUACUGGAAUUUGAUGUUCAUCCCAAAGACUUGAACAAUGGCAUCAUCAAUGCGGCUUUCAUGCUUCUCUUCAAGGACCUGAUUAAACUCUUUGCCUCCUACAAUGAUGGAAUUAUUAAUUUAUUAGAGAAAUAUUUCAAAAUGAAGAAGUCUGACUGCAAGGAGUCGCUUGAGAUCUAUAAGAAGUUUCUGACUCGAGUAACUAAGAUUUCAGAGUUUAUGAAAAUUGCAGAGCAAGUUGGCGUGGACAAAAAUGACAUUCCUGACAUAUCUUAUGCCCCCAGCAGUAUUCUGGAAUCUCUGGAGACACACAUGAACAGUCUAGAGGGAAAGAAAGGAGAGGGGUCUCCGACAAAGGGAUCACCCACCAACAACGUCUCUCCAACGUCCACUCCCUCCAAAUCUGCAGCCUCUGUGCCCACCCUGGAGCCGCCGCCCACCGAGGCUGCGUCUGCUGCUGCUGCGCCCGCUCCUGCCGAGCCUGCCACUGAUUCUCUGCUGGACUUGGAUCCGUUGUCUUCUUCAGGGCCACCUGCUUCAUCUGCUCCAACAUCCUGGGGAGAUCUUUUGGGGUCAGAAUUCGGUUCCCUCACUACGGAGACUCUCCUCCCUGAUCCCACCCCUGCUGUAGACUCUACCUCUCCUGCGACAGCUGUGUCUAGUGCCCCAGCUGGUGAAGGCGCUGCUUCUGUAGCCCCUCCCUCUACCGCUGCUGGCCCAACCCCGAGCUCGGCGGAUCUCCUAGGAGGUGCGUUUGGAAGCCCAGCAGCUGAACCAACCUCUGCUGUGGAGACGGGGGGUUCAGCCAACGCGACUGCCCCUGCCACUGAUGCUUCUGCUGCAAAUGACCCAUUUGCCCCAGCUGCGGAUUGUGCGACUGUUUCCCCACAGCUGGACAUGUUCUCCAUGCAGCCCGCGGAGAGCAGCGCCUCCUUAUUCGGCUCUGUGUCACCUGCCACAGUUCAGACCCCACUCAUCUCCAGCAUGUCCAUCACUCCAGCCCCUGCAGCUCCCACGAUAGAUCUGUUUAGUGGUUUUUUUGAUUCCAUACCUGAACCAUCUGUACCCAAAUCAGAGCGUGCUCCCAGUCUAGACCUGUUUUCCUCAGAUGUGUUCAGCCCACCUCCUGCUGCUCUCUCCGCCCCUGUGAGCUGGCUGGACAGUGGUGCAGCUCUGGAUUUGGUCGGGGACUCUGCAGGUGCAGGCAAUGGCCAACCCACAGCUCCAGCACCAGCAACAUCUGCAGGAGGAGAUCUAAUGGGAGCGUUCGGUGUCUUGGGGGAUAUGCUCAUGCCAGCCAUGGCUCCUCAGCCAGCUGGAGCAGCACCCAUGGCAGCCUCACCAGUUAAACCAAUGGGAGGGGAUCUGGACUCUACUAUGGCCAGUUUAGCUGGAAAUCUGGGAAUGGGGACCCAGAAGCCGGGUGAAGCAGCAGGAGGGGCGAACUGGCAAGCGCAGGUAGCAGCCCCUAGCUGGGGCAUGCCCAUGCCUGUGCCCUCCAUGGUCUCUCCUCUCAUGGGGUCCCACUUGCCAUAUGGCAUGCCCGGUGCAACAGGUGCGGCUCCCAUGAUGUUCCCCCAGCAGCCUAUGAUGAGACCGCAGUUUCCUGCAGCAGGAGCACCUGCAGCACCGAUGUCUUCUGGAAUGACCCAGAGCCCCAGAAAGCCUCCUCCUCCCAAAGAUCCCCUUGCUGACCUGAACAUCAAGGACUUCCUAUAGGUCACCAUCAGCACGUCAGCGACUAUGACCCUGAGGAAAUGGAUGUGUGCAUUUCUUUUCAGACCAGUAUCCUCAGGGUCUACUUCCAUCCCUCCUUCUCUCUUUCUGUCUAAUGUUGUAUUACAACCUGUGAAAGUGAUAAUGUAUAUGUGUGUGUGCGUAUUUUAAUGUUUCCAGGCUAUAUUUAAAAAGACAACCCAUAAAAAAAGGUAUUGAUGGAUGCAUCCUUGUACAUCCGCAGUGGUGGAUGUGUAUUCUUUUUUGUUUUUUCCAGCCUGUUUUUUUUCUGUGAGGAACCCAAACAGAUGUAAUGUAACCCAAACAGGUGUAAUGUUUUCUGUGGAGAAAAAUAAUGUGUUUGAUGUGGUACAUAUCACUGGGCUCACUGGAUCCAUGUUGUCAUUGAAGUAUUAGUUGUCUAGCUCUUAGCCAUACAGUUUCUGGGACCACAUGAAUGAACAUAGCAUUAACGGACGUAUUAAGGUUUGUGUAGCAUCUCCGCUCUGUUUUUGCUAAUGACUUGCUUUUCUUCCUCUUCUGUCAGUGACAUGUGACACGCAACAUUGGACAAGGCCUAUUAACAACCAAUAUGCAUUUGGAAUAUUUUAUCUUUAGUCUUUAUUUUGAGAUAAAAGAAUCUAUUUUAGUUAUGUUGAAAGUACUUUAUGUAUUAAAAGAGGUGGUACAAAAUAUUUCCGGUUGUAAAAAUACAUGUAUUCCUGCCACCUGAAUGCAAUCUAGCUCUGUUUAACAGCACCUUGUAGUGAAUUGUGGUAGUGCACAAGAGCACAACAGUUCCUUGGAUCUUAAACUGGAGCAAGAUGGCAAGAUAUUUACAAAUUACAUCUACAAAACCAUCUACCAUUGGUUUUACCAUCAGUCCAUUAUACUGACUAAACUGGCUUUUUGAUGUUUUGAUCCAUUGCAGUAAGGAAAUGUGGAAAAAAAAAAACCCUGGUUGGUGGAAAGACUGGUGGAAUAAUGUUAUAUUAACAAUGGAUGUGCUGGUUAGUUUUGUUUUCUUUUUUGGUGGAUCUUAAUUUUUUGGAUGUAAUAACCCCCCUCUGUCCCGAUAUUCUUCUGUGCAUGUAAGUCCUGUUGAAAUGCAAUAAACAGUUACCUGGAAAACA